UGUCACAUAUGUUGUCAACACAAUCGAUUUAAAACAUAACUAGACCUAUUCUCUACUUUGUAUUGAAUAUAAGCAUAUAACAUUCAUACCCUGUUCUAUUUCAUGUUUUUUGACACACAAAAUUAGCAUAUCAUAUCUUAAUUCUAAAAAGUAUUUGGUAUUCUUAUUGUACCCAAACUCCAUAAAAAAUUUUCAUUGCAUAUUAAAAAUAAGAGUAUACAAGAAUAUUUAAAAUAAACUUAGUUUUUUGUGAUUAAUCUGCUAUAAUUAGUUAUACAUCAAAAAAGAAGAUUGUCUUAUGCCAAUCCGCUGUCAAAAUAUUUGACAAUCUGUGAGUACAAUGUAUAUAUGUAUAUUCUGGAAAAGUGAAUAGAAUUUAAAAAUUAUAAGUAAAGAUAUGGACCCAAUUACAAUAUUAGAAAAACGUAUCGAAGCUUUAGAACUUCAAGUUUUUCCUUCAGGAGACCAUUCUUUGAUUGGGAUUAAAACCCAAACAAUAACAAAUUUACUCCAAGAAACCCAGACCAUGAUAACAUCAGCUCUAAGCUGUAGAGAGGCUAUAACAUCUAUGCUCCAACAUCUUGUUACUAUAAAUGAUUAUUUAGAUCCCUCAGGUGGAGCAGAUGAACUUGAAGUAGAAGCAAAACGGCACUACCUUUUAGAAUUAUAUCCUGAACUGAAAAAUACUAUUCAAAGCAUCGGCACAUUUGAAACCUUGUUACCCUACAUAGACUCAAUCAAUAUUUCAAAAAUAGUUGAUUUAUCUUCAAAGCUAGAAGAACUUGCUGUAAGUAACCUCUCAUUGUAUGGAGAAUGUAGAGAUGUAACAAAGAAAGUUUUAGUUGCAUUGCAAAAUUAUAAUGAUAUAUCUAACUCUAUAAUAGUGUUAUUUGCACAAUUAGAUACUGCUGUAUCAAAUUUGGAAGUGGCUCUUCAGCCAAAAUUUGCUACUGAAGAAUAAUCUUUGAUAGUGUCAUUUUGUUUUUUUGUUUUUUUUAUCUGGAAAGCUUACAGUGAAAAUUGUUUUAACCCUAGAAUACUAUCAUUAUUGAGUGAUCUCUGAAUACUAUCACUCACCUUUUCAUUUUUUGAUUUGAUCACAUCUGGUCAAAAGUGUCUACUGCUUCCAUAAUUUCAUUAUAUGUGUAAAUACUUUCUGUUUCUUAUGUAUAUUUAUUAGUAGUUCCAGAUGAUGUGUGCAUUGUAGAUAAUAGAGUAACUAUUUUAUUAGUUUUGGCUUAGUAGGAGACCAAUGUGCUAUUGGAAAUGUAUGAAAUCAAUGAUGUUCCUGUCUGACAUUUUUUCUAUCAUUGCUGGUGGGAUGUGGGGCUUAUUCUUCGGCAACAGGACCCUGCUUCUUGAAAAUUUGAUCAUUACAUUCUAAGGAAUUGCCAGAAUUAUCAGAUGUUUGUCUGGGCAUUUAUUAGGUAUCAGAAAUUCUUUGGGUAGCCUAAGAGUUUUGAGACUCUAGAAAUAUGAAUAGGUAAGUAAAGUGUUACAUUUUCCUGCACAUUCAACUGGAUCUCCAGAAGCAACAGCUGUCCUUUUUACCCCCUUUUAAGCUAGUGCAGGUUUAUUGAAUUUUUCAGAUUCUACAAGUACGUUUCUAGUGUUUCUUCUAGAUCCUGUUCUGGCGAAUGAUCUGGGUCGCAUAAACUAUCAUCUACCUGUAAAUUUGUCUUGGAAUCAAUUAUUAUCCUCCACUUCACUAACGCCGCAUUCAUACAAGAGUUUGUCUUUUUCUAAUCAUUUUCAUGAUUAAAAAUGAUUGCGUAAUGCUAUCAAUAUGCCAAACUAAGUUUUAAAAUUUUCAUUAAAUACUUCGAUACGUAAAUUUGACGUGACAUUUAGAUUAUAGUAAGAGCAGAACACUAUAAUUUGAAAAACUGUACUAAUCUAGGCCGAAAAUCUGUAAUAAACUGUAAGAAAAGCACUGCUAGCGACUGGAGUGGGGUAACAAUGAGGGGAAUAUCUAGAGAAGAGUUUUUGAACAAAUACAUAAUUUUAAGGUAUGAUCGUAUUCUAGGGUUAAAUGACAUGUAAGUAUAAAUAUUACAAAUAAUAUUGUAUUUGUUUAAAUCUUAUUUAUAAAGUAUGAAUUAACAAUCAAUGACUAUGGUGAACAAAUAAUAACUUUUGAAUCAUAAUCAUUCAUUCAUUAAUAUUUAUGUAACCAAUAAAUUGAAAAAUGUAUAUCUUUGUGUUCACUGAGGGUUAUGGAGUGUUUUCAUAUAGAAAUAAAUUUAAAAACGUUCAUGUUUUAAUAAUAUCAAAAAUCACCAGAUCACCAAAUCUUAAUUAAUUAUUUCCCAGUCGAUGAAUACCACUUUGGUGUUUUCUUGCCUUGUUCCCAAUAAAAAACUACAGCUGGCAAAGGUUUCUUUACAAUUACAAUAUAUACCUUAUAUAUUAACAAAAUAUAUAUAAAUUAUUUAGAUCUUUUUUAUCAUUUACAGCUUUUUCGUUCUUAUGAAUGUGAACCAUUUCUAAAAAUUCUCUUUUUCGUGUAUUAGAAUUCAUGUAUUGAAUCUUUAUAAUUGAAUUUAUGUUUUUUUUUGAUAUUUCAUGGUUCGUUAAUGCAGUUCUAUUUUUUUUAUCGUAUUGAUGACCUCUUAGUCUAUUUUCUAAAUACUGAGAUGUUUGCCCUAUGUAGACAGCGUCACAAUUAGUACAAUGUACUUGAUAUAUAAUAUUACUUCUUUUGUUUUUUGGUAUUUUAGAUUUUAAUUUAGUGAAAUAUUAGGAUAAUGUAUUAUGUCCUCUUUGACUUAUACUAAUAUCAUAUUUAUUGAAAUAAUUCAAUAAUUGUUGGGAAAGUCCUUGUACAUAGGAGGAAAAAUGUUUUAUUUUUUCAUUGUUUCGUUUCAGUUUUGUUUUUAAAUUGAUUAUAGUAUCUGUUUAUCCUUUUCUUGAUUAUGUUAUUUAUCAUUUUUUCCUGAUAAUUAUUUUCUUUCACUGCAGUUUUUGCUUUUUGAAUAGCUAAGCAUCUACAUUCAGGAUCUGAUAGUUGGAUAGAUGUAUUAGCCAAACUUAUUAUCACUGUUUUUUUUAAAUUGAUUCUAUUAUUUUGCUCAACCUCGAUUGUGAAUUGAAGUUUUUCAUGAUAAGAAUUGAAUUUUUUAUUUGCUUCUUUGGUACAGCAGUAAUGCAAUCAUCUACAUAUUGGAAAAAGAAUAGAAUAUUUAUAUUAAGUUUGCUUAGAACCUUUCCUUCAAUUCUUAUCAUGGAAAACUUGGAGGUUGAGGUUGAGCAAAAUAAUAGAAUCAAUUUUCUUGAUGUCACAUUAUGUAAAAUUAACAAUAACAUAAGAACAGAAUGGUAUACGAAACCAACUUGGUCCUCAAAAUAUUUUAACUUCAAUUCGUGUCAUCCUAUGUCACAAAAAAGAUCAGUGAAAAUAAGUUUGGCUGAUAGAUCUAUCCAACUAUCAGAUCCUGAAUUUAGAUACUUAGCUAUCCAAAAAGCAAAAACUGCAUUGAAAGAAAAUAAUAAGUUGAUUUUAUCCUUAUUUUGAUAUUCAUGAUGAAGGUGAUCUAUAGAUCAAUAUAAAUAAGCAAAUUGUCAGUGUCAAUAUCAUAUUUUGAUAAAGACGUCAAAACGUCAAAAUUAAUUUUAUCUUUCUUUUAAAAAUUAUCAAAAAAACUAAUUUUGAAACAGACGAGACCUAAAAGGAAACACCAAUGUGGACUAACUUCAAUAUAUUUUCCGAGCCUUCGAAUACUUAUGUAUUCAUCAUCUGGGACUGAAAUUAUGGUCAAAACAAUAUAUGUUAUAUGUAUAAAUGUAUAACAAUAAUAAAAUUUUCUUACAAUAAUUUAUUAAGAUUUCCGGUGAUUUCGAUAUUAUUAAAACUUGUAAAAAUUUUUAAACUCAUAGAAUUCAAAAUUCAGAUUGACGUUGAUAGAAAUAUUGAUUAAUUGAAAUAUUUAUUCUGGUUACUAUAGGAAUUUUCAUUAAUUAUUGAUUGGUUAGCUUUUGAAUAACAUUGAAUUUUUAUAGGUUAGAUAAGGAUAAGUUUUAGUGAAUGAUGUUCAAUGUUGAUUGGUAAAUUUAUGAAUAACAUUAAAUUUCAAUAGGCUAGGUCGUUAUGAAUUUAGUUGAAUAUUCAUUGGCUAGAAUAUAAAUAACAAUAAAUUUUAUAGGUUAGGUCGUUAUAAGUGAAGGACACAAUAUGUAUUAUGAAUCUGUCAAAGUUUUGACAACUGAAAAUAAACUACAAAAAAAAUUUAUUUUUAGAAACUUUAUAUAUUACCUAAAAUGAUCAAUGCAUUUAUAAGAAAAAUGAUUUUAAUAACCUUAGUGUAAUUAUGCAUAUAUUUAGAUUUUGAAAAAACAAAUUCUAUGAAAAUUCAACCCCAUUAACAACCAACUAACCUCACCUAACCUAUAAAUUUCAACUCCACUUCAGCAAAAUGUAGAGAGCUGUAAGACUCAGAAUCUCUUAGAUAAAUAUCUUGUAAUAUGGAAGUUUUUGAUGAAGAAUCAGAAUCUGCUAGAACUUUUAGCUUCACGUUAGUAAUUUUGUUAGGGUUAAAUCCAGGUUUUUUGGUAUAAGGUAAUGUUUUACAUUACAUGCUUUUACUUGCUUUUUUUUUUCGAUAAGUCGUUUCUCUGUUGUAUCGGUCAAUAUGGUCGCCCCUUCCGAAUAUUUUUUUGUGAGGCAGCUUUUGGAUGUAGCCUAAUAAUGGAAAGACUCUUAAAAAUCCUUGACGUUGAAGGCAAAGGUUGAGUCUGGAUAUUUACAUUGUUUGCGUCCAAUUCGGUGGGGGUGAAGUCCUUCGAAGUUGACGGAACACUUAGUCGAGGAGCCGGUAACACUGAAAGUCCCGUCAUAGCGUCAUCAAAAAAUUUUUAUUUAAAUAAAUAGAACGUAAGUAUAGGAAUAAAUUAAGCUCGGUAUGCGUGGAUUCCUAUUGCCGAAACGAUGUGAAAAAAAAAUUAUUAAAAAAAAUGGAAAAAUGUUUUACCGUCAUCGCGUAUAUUAAUUUUUUUUUAUGUAUUCGACAGUAAAUUUUAUUAGCUUUUAGAAAAAAAUCACGCAAACCACUUUUUCUUGCCGGAAGGGUCUGGCAUACCUAUUUGAAGUGCGUGAUGAGGGCUAAAAUUUCUCCAUCAUGCCGGAAACUUUUUUUUUGUUAUUUUAUUCAUUUUUAUGUAAUUUUUAAAAAUAGCUUGGUAUGCGCGCUCAAAAACUGCCGGAAAAAUCCCGCAUACCAUCUUGAAGUGCAUAAACUAUAUUAGCAUCUACUCCAAAAUGUACGAUGUUCACUACAUUUAUUUUGGAGUAAAUGCUCUUUGUCAAAUAAGAUAUCUUUUUCUCUGCUUAGAUUUAAAAGAAUAUGAGGAUUAAUAUGACUUAAGGAAUAAUAGGAGAAUUUUUAUUUUAGAUAACUGAAACAAUAAAAUAAUAUUGAAAUAAUUGACAGGAUUUUAUUCUCAAAUUUAGUAUAUUUAUUUAUAAUCAUCGAAAUCAAUUUCAUCUAUAUCAUAACGGUUUUCAUUUUCUGAUUCUUCACUUCCUUCUUCAUUUAAUUGGUUACUAAGAAUUUCUUCAACUUUUGAAGGUGCUGCUGGGCACUGGACAAUGGUUCCAACUUAUUUUCUUGAUUUAGUUGCCAUCCACAUUCUGUUCGAUGAUUAUCAAUAAAUAUACUAAAUUUGAGAAUAAAAUCCUGUCAAUUAUUUCAAUAUUAUUUUAUUGUUUCAGUUAUCUAAAAUAAAAAUUCUCCUAUUAUUCCUUAAGUCAUAUUAAUCCUCAUAUUCUUUUAAAUCUAAGCAGAGAAAAAGAUAUCUUAUUUGACAAAGAGCAUUUACUCCAAAAUAAAUGUAGUGAACAUCGUACAUUUCGGAGUAGAUGCUAAUAUAUUUUAUGCACUUCAAGAUGGUAUGCGGGAUUUUUCCGGCAGUUUUUGAGCGCGCAUACCAAGCUAUUUUUAAAAAUUACAUAAAAAUGAAUAAAAUAACGAAAAAAAAGUUUCCGGCAUGAUGGAGAAAUUUUAGACCUCAUCACGCACUUCAAAUAGGUAUGCCAGACCCUUCCGGCAAGAAAAAGUGGUUUGCGUGAUUUUUUUCUAAAUGCUAAUAAAAUUUACUGUCGAAUACAUAAAAAAAAUUAAUAUCCGCGAGGACGGUAAAACAUUUUUCCAUUUUUUUAAUAUUUUUUUUUCACAUCGUUUCGGCAAUAGGAAUCCACGCAUACCGAGCUGAAUUUAUUCCUAUACUUACGUUCUAUUUAUUUAAAUAAAAAAUUUUUCAUUCCGCUAUGACGGGACUUUCAGUGUUACCGGCUCCCCGCCUAACUAUUUAGCAACUGAGGACUAGAUUCCACAACAUUGUCAACGGCCACAGCUGGAUCAGGACGAACAGUUAAAUUGGUUGGGGAAAAUUCAAAAUAUUAAAAAAUAUUUUCAUCGAAAGGGACAAAUCCUGUGACUUUAAAUCCUUUAGUGUAAAAGCUAAAGGAAAAGCUUUUACUAUAUGUUGUGCAAUGUCGUAUAUUGAUACUGGUUUGACAAUAUUUCCUGGUGAAAUAAUGUGUUCGUUCAUUCCCGUGUUAAAAUAAGUUUUAAGCACCAAAUGCGGUCCUGCCUAACGGCUACAUUUUGUGUGUAGGUGAAAUGUGACCAUUACCUAUCAACAUGAUACACGGCGAAUCAUUUGAUGAUUUGGCAUUUGCAUAGGAUACUUUUUAUUAUUUGAAGCAUCAAAUUGAUAUGCUAGUUCUCGAACUUUUCGUUAUGUUAAACCAUAUUGUAAAGUUGCGACUUCUUGUAUAUAUUUCACAAGCAUAUUUUCUUCUUCCCGGUUGAAAAUUUUCUUUGUGCUGCAGUUUUCAUGUACAAGGCUGUAGUCUUCUUUACCUUCUUGGUAAAAGGUUUGCAUGCAUGUCCGAAAUUGUGCUUCUUGCUAAUCCAGUUUUCAGCACUGUAAAAUGUAAGUCUUCUUUCUUUCAACAAUUUUAUCAUUUCCUUAUUGUUUCCGGGUCAGGUUGAUCUUAAUUCCUGUUUGGCUUCGGGGCAUAUUUUAUUGGGAACUUAUCGCCGAACUAGAAUUACUGUAAUACAUUUUAUGAAUUAAAGGACACAAGAUAUAUUUUAUAAAAUAUGAUGUACAACGAACCUAUUUCACGGAUAUGAUGUUGUACGUUGAACAUGUCCACAGUACAUCGUGUUUAUUAUGUUCUAGGUACAACCCACGUCAAGAAGUUAAAAAAAUAAUCAUAGAAAGUUUGCAGUUAUAAGUAUAUAGGUUAAAAAUUCAAAAAAAAACUAAGUAACUGGGAAAAAUACUUGAGUGAGAUCCCCAUCAAUUAAAUAUAAAAUGACAAAAAAUUUGAAAAACAACUUACGUUUUACACAAAAAUGAUAAACCACUUUACAACUCUGCUUUUGCCAUCGGAUGAUCAGAAUCGUGUUUACAUUGUCAGUCGACGAAGGCAAACAACACAGUUGAGUUAAAAGUAUCGCGAAGUUUUAAAAGUAUGUUCGAUGUACAAUGAUGGUUUGAGGUACAACAGAUUCCCCUACCUAAAUAAACCAAAAGUUGUUUCCUAAUAUAGAGCAAGAUUAACAUAACAAAAAUAUUCUUAGAAAAAGCAGUUAGCAGUUAAGUUUCUUCAUUUUGAUUGCAAAAUUAAUUCCUAAAAUUUGAGUGAAAAAAUCCAAAUUUCUUUUACAGAGAUAUAUCCAUAAACCAGUAACACUCAGAUUUCUGAUUGUUGGUUAGUGCUUUUGUGAUAACCACCACUCAAUAUUAUAUACGUUUUUUAUUAAUUCACCUGAAAUAAAAGGUUGCAGGGAGCAUUACUAAUGCUAACAAAUUGAAAGUUUGUUUGAAGAAUUUCAAAAUAAAAUAAUUGAUUUUAAAUAGUUCUUUAUUAUUCAGAUCUUUACACAUAAUUUAUCUGUACAAUCCAUUUAUUACAAUGUUUGAAAAUGUGUGAAAGUAAUGGGUGUUGUAUAAAUAAUAUUAUUGCAGUAAAAGGGUCGAAACACUCAAAUUUAGAAAUAAGUACUUUUAUAUUUAUUUAAAAGCUUUUGUGAAAUAAAAUAAUAGUAAUUCUA